AUGAGAGUCACAUCGGCGUGGGCCCUCCUGGCAGCAACCGCGGUCACCGCGAUGCCUCAACCAAUUUCCAAGAGAGACCCUUUCCCACCGGACGGUACUAUUGUAGGCGGCGUUCCCUCACGCCCAUUCAGCAUCAGAAGACAAGCCGCCGCACCGCCAGCGACAACCCCUCAAGGCAAUCAACUCAUUCCGGUGGUGGUAGGAGGAGCGCAGAAUACCUUUGUCCCCAACCUGAUACAGGCUCAGGUCGGCGACGUGAUUCAGUUCCAGUUCAGCAACGGCAACCAUACCGUGACGCAGAGCGCCGAGGGCGCCGCGUGCCAGCCUCUCCAAGCCCAGGUUCCCACGGCGAUCCACAGCGGCCAUGUGCCCUUCAAGGACGGACAGGCCAUGGUUGGGACCUUCAACAUGCCGAUUACGAGUGCCGACCCGAUGUUUCUCUACUGCGCCACGGGUCCUCAUUGCCAACAAGGACAGGUCUUGGUCAUCAACCCAACCAACGUGAACCAAGUCAUCCAAUACUCGAAGCUAUCCGCAGCCGCGAAGGCAAACGUCGACGGUACUACAGUUAGCGGCGGCGCCGCGGGACAGAUUCCUCUGGCGAAUGCGGCAUUUGUCCCGGCACCGGCCAAGGGAGCUGGCGGUGGUGGUCCUCCUGCAGGAGGUGCUCCUCCAGCUGCGGCGCCGCCUGCUCCGGCUGCACCGGCUGCGCCGUCUGCGUCGCCUACAACGCCUCCCAUGAACCCGGCUCCGAUGCCUGCGGCGCCACCCCCAGCUGAGGCACCCGCUGCCCCUGCCCCUCAGCCUCCGAUUUCAUAA